CGACGUUGCGUCAUAAGGAUGCGCCGUGUGAUGCGUCUGUGUUUGGACUGAAGAAAGUACAUGCGACGGCGUAGCACCUCUCCAGGAAUGUAACAGCGCCUCAGUUCUACGCAGACAGCAAGCGCUGUGAUUGGUCUGCAAGAACCCCUCCUUCUAAAAAUUCCUGGUGAAGUGACUGAGAGCCAAGUGAAUAUUAUAAAGAUGGCACUUAUUAAGGAGGAGAAUGAAGACAUGAACAUUGAAGGAGCAUUAAGUGUGAAGCAAGAAGAUACUGACACACAAUCAGACCUGAUGAUCCCUAAAGAGGAAAGUGAAGAACUGAAUGAAACGGAAGAGAAAGACCAGACACAUAAUUUCAUGACCGAAGAACAAUCAAUACAGACUAAAAAUAUUUCCUCACAAAAAAAGACUAAGAUAACCAAAUCGAAAUGUUCUUUCAUCUGCCCACAAUGUGGAAAACGUUUCACUCAAAAAGCAAACCUUAAAGUCCACAUUAGAAGUCAUACUGGAGAGAAGCCAUUCGCCUGCAAACUGUGUGGGAGGAGCUUCUCACGAAAAGAAAGUCUUAAGAUUCACAUGACAAUUCACACUGGAGAGAAGCCAUUUGUAUGUGGUCAGUGUGGAAAGCGAUUCAGAUGUAAGGAAAUCCUUAAUUCCCACAAGAGGGUCCACUCGGAAGAGACCCAUUUUAGAUGUCAUCAGUGUGGAAGGAUUUUCCGUUUCAAAAAAAACCUCAAUACUCACAUGAGAGUUCACUCUGGAGAGAAGCCUUACUCAUGCCAUCACUGCGGAAAGCGUUUCGUUCAUAAAGUUAGCCACAAGAAUCACAUGAAGAUUCACAAUGAAGAGAAGCCAUUCAUGUGUGCUCAGUGUGGAACAUGUUUCAAAUAUAAAGCAACCCUUAAUGCCCACAUGAGAGAUCACACUGGAGAAACUCCGUUCACCUGCAAACUGUGUGGGAAGAGCUUCUCACAUAAAGGAAAUCUUAAGACUCACAUGAGAAUUCACACCGGAGAGCAGCCGUUCACGUGUGAACAGUGUGGAAAGAGUUUCAGACGUAAAGAAACUCUCGAUUCCCACGUGAGAGUUCACACUGGAGAGAGCCCUUACAGCUGCAAAGUGUGUGGGAAUGGCUUCUCACGAAAGGGCAAUCUUAAUACUCACAUGAAGAUUCACACUGGUGAGAAGCCAUUCAUUUGUGACCAGUGUGGAAAGAGUUUUGGACGUAAAGAAACGCUUAAUUACCACAUCAGGAUUCAUUUAAGAGAGAACAGUUUAACAUGUCACGAGUGUGGAAAGAGUUUCACAGAUUGUAAUCUCCUUAAGAAGCAUGUAGUCAUUCACAUCGGGGAUAAGCCUUUCAUGUGCUAUUUCUGUGGAAAGACUUGUAAAAGCAAAUCAAACCUUGAGAAUCACAUAAAGGUUCACACAGGAGAGAAGCCUUUCACCUGCCAAGAGUGUGGAAAAGGUUUUACAGUUAAAGGAAACCUUCACAUUCACAUGAGGGUUCACACCGGAGAGAAGCCAUACAAGUGUCUUCAGUGUGAGAAGAGUUUCACGUAUCCAAAAGACCUGAAACGUCAUAUGCAAAUUAAAUGUGAAAAUAAAACUGCUGUGUUCUGAAUAUAGAAAGGUUUUCAAAGUGGAACAUUGUCAGAAAUCGCCUGCUCAUUCCUUCCGGAGAAUUGAAUUAGGAGUAGUGUUAAAAAAAAAAAAAUCAUACAGAUAUUCUGAGACUUUAUUUUUGUUCUUUUGCAAAAGAGUUUUUAAAUAUUUAAUCAAUUUAAAUUGUUACCAGAAAAUAUGUAUAUGUACACAAUACAUUUUUAUUGUAAAGAGUAUUGGUUCCCAACUACAUUCCUAGAGCACAUUUGCAUGCCUCUCUUAAUCAAACUCCUGAUUCAACUCAUUACCUUCAAAGACAUGCAAAAUGUGUUGUGUUGGGGGAUACAGGAAUGUGGUUUGGUUUAUUUUUGAUUCCGUUUAACACCUCAAAAAAAUUGUAGAUCAGGGAUGGGCAAGUUUGGUCCUGAGGCUCUUCUUCCUACAUUGCUAUAGCCUGAAACAGCUGUCCCAGACAAAAGAACAGCAAUGUGAAACAAUCGUGGUGAUUUCUGUGAUCAAGCUGAUUGUUUUGUUUUCUAUAUUAACAUGCGUCGUAUCGUAUUGUGGUCAACAGGUGUCAUUAUCGUACAGUCUACACACAUCAUAGCCAAGUUUAUUAGAUCCAUGUCACACAGUGUAACAUGCAAUGAUCUUAUAGGAUUGCUAAAAUCGUUCAGUGUCUUGGAUUUAGCUGGAUUUUAUUGUCGAUUAUUUUCACUUGAUCUUGGAUUAUUUUGUUCUUUGAAGGUCAACCCAGAGUUGCUGUCAUAGCAAUACAUUUGUACAAUUAAUCCUGCUUAUUUCAUAUAAACAGGAUUAGAUUGCAUCCUUUUAAGCAUAAUUGAUACUUAAAAUAUGUUCCAGCCACUGCUACUUUAUUACAAGAGUGCCCUACUGAGUAAAUAAAUAAUAUUAUUUAAUGUUGUCUAGUCAAUAAUACUAUAGACUCUAGUACUCUAGACUCUAGUAAUACUAAGAUUUAAAUAUUUAUAAGUGAUGAAACAAUUACUCUAAAAUUGUAUUGGAGUCUUACACACAUGAUAUACAGCUAAUCUGAGCCGUGCAUUAAUUUGAGUGAAGACCGCUAUUAUGGGAGUGGCUUGAUGGAGCACAGAGAUGCAGAUAACUUGAUCUUGACCCUUAAGAAACUUUAUUUCUAUCAUGUAACAAAUCAAAGAAUUGUUAAAUGGUUAGUUCACCCAAAAAUGAAAAUUACCCAAUAAAUUAAUUUAAAUAAAUGACCUUGAAGUCACCCUAGGUGUAUAUAAAAAAUCCUGUAUGAAAAAUUGUCUUUGAUAUUUCAAGCUGUUAGAUGCAAUUCAGAGGGUGUUGCACUUCAUCGGUCCAUGAGAAGUUUAAUAAGCCCCUUUCACACUGCACGUCCGACCCAGCAUAUUGCCGGAACAUUGCGGGGUCGCCUUCUGUGUGAAAGCAACCAUGUCCUGGGAUUGAUUCCGGCAUUGAACCCGGGUCGGGGACCUAGUAACAUUGCCGGGUUCAACAUGGGACAAGCUCUGUGUUAACAAAAGCCAGAUCUAAUGCCAUGUCGAAGUGUCAUCGCGCGACUCUUUUACCGGCUGUUUUGAAGAAAGAUCAACGUUCGCGACAAAAAAAUAUGUGCAAACUGUA